AUGUCCUCGAUCUACGUCUUACCCUCAGAGCUCCUCGACCUCAUCAUCAGCCACCUUCCCUAUGCAGAUUUCAAAUCUCAUCGCCUAACAUGCCACGCCCUAAGCGAAAGUGCCGCACGCUGGCUGUUUUGCAGGGUCGUGAUUACCUAUCACCAGCAUGACGACAGCUUCGACAGAGUCCAAGGGUUCUUCGAGGAAUACGCCCCCUUAAUCCGCCGGCUGUCACUUUUCUACUAUGAAGAUUGUCGCCCCGAGCGAAUAUUUGAAUCCCUCUCAUUUUUCAAGCGCAUGCCGUCUUUAGAACAGCUUUGGCUGUACACGCUGCAGGCCUUGUUCACUGAUGAUUCUGUUACCGGCCAAUUCGAGAGCCUUAUGUUUCAAGCCAGCCCACUCACCCCGCCGACGGAGAGAAUCCUGCCGCAGCUGCGGUGGUUGAGGAUAGAUAACAAUGGAUGGUACCGUAAAAAAUAUUGGUACCUCGACAAUCUGGCGGUUCUAUUCAUCAUCCCCACACUGGAACACCUGGAACUGGAAUACCUGGUUCUGCGCGAUCAAGAUCCCAAAUUUCCCGGGAGUUUUGAUCUCAACCAACGACAAACAAAUCUCAAGUCCCUGAUUAUUGAGAACAUAUAG